CAAAUACUGGAUUUCCCCAGUCGCUGGAUGCCAACUAGUCGUAGAGAUUGGAUCGUUUUGAAACAAUGUACGCAAAAAUCGUCUGCCAUCCUCCACUCGGGCAGCCCACUGUCGUUCCUGCUGGGCAGUGUGCUGUUGACUUCAUCGUCCUUCUUGAAACAGCAGCUGAUUCUUCCACUUCGAAGAAGCAAUGGCAAGUCUCCCUCUGGCACGAUCUAGAUGCAGAGGGUGACGAAUGGAACUCUUCGGAUUUCACGGAGAUUCACGAUGAUGAUGAAGCAAGACCUAGUAUUCAGUCACUGGGAUCCGCGCAGUCGCAGAACAAAUACUUCAAGCUUACCUUGAAAGGUCGACCGGCCAACAAGUCCACCGUUCGUUUUACAGUCAGGUAUCGAGCUAACAGUGACGCCCCCUGGAAAUGGGCCCACAGUCAGUUUUCUCAUGGAGAUGGCGUACUACAUUAUCAGGAAAGGUUUGAGCAGCAUGAUCUGUCACAUUACCUCCGGGGAACAAGUUCGCACAUCAAAUUUGAAAGCAUUGCCGCGGAGACGCCUGACACGCAACUGUGGUCCCUAACAGCCCCGGUCAAGGCCGCUAAUGGAGACGAAUCUGGAUACUGUACUCAUCAGCUUGGCCUGCCAGAGUCGUGUACCCGCUGGUUUGCCCUGGUACGUCUAUGGGCGCCUUGGCUGGCGCCCCGACAAGGUAGAGACAAAUUUAUUUGUGACAAAGAAGCAGUCCUGGCUUCUUUCCUUCGAGAGGAUGGGCUAAAUGUUGUGAUUCUGGCUAUCAGUGGGAUCGACGACGUGCUUACGUUGCUCAAAAAUGACGACACAGGUAACGUACUUAUCUCUGGACGCAACGAUUCGGAACAGCCUGGCACAUGUCGGGUGUUGGUUGCCGUUUCGACUACUUUCGAGGUUGCAAAUGCGGCUGUCAUGUAUCAGGCGCGAAGAAUGGUCAUGGAAAUUCGAUCGGCAUCAGGCGAGUCUGACGCGGUCGCCCAGGCCGUCAAAGACGGAGGUGUUAAGCCUGACUGGCUGGAGGAGUGGGCUGAUGGUUUUGCGUACUGCACCUGGAACAGCCUAGGCCAAAACUUGACCGAGCAGAAGAUAUACGACGCGUUAGAGUCAUUUGAGAAAGUUGAUGUCAAAAUCACGAAUCUCAUCAUAGACGAUAACUGGCAGUCACUCGAUCAUGAAGGUCAGGAGCAAUACGUCCGCAGGAUGACAAGAUUUGAAGCGAACAGCAAAGGCUUCCCACACGGACUGCGGCACACUGUCCGUGAAAUCAGGAAGAACCAUCCCAGCAUCCAACAUAUAGCUGUCUGGCACGCUAUCAUGGGCUAUUGGGGCGGGAUAUCUCCUGAUGGACAGAUAGCCAAGGACUACAAGACUGUCAAAGUUGCUGGGCCUGACUGGUUGUGCAUCGACCCAGAAGAUAUCUCGCGAUGGUAUAACGACUUUUACUCAUUCCUCUCUGAGAGUGGCAUCGACUCAGUCAAGACAGAUGCGCAAUUCAUGCUCGAUAACCUGCAGUCAGCAAAGGACAGGCGAAGGAUGAUUCGGGAAUAUCAAGACGCGUGGUCAAUAGCAAUGCUGCGUAAAUUCUGGGCCCGCGCAAUCUCGUGCAUGUCCCAGACACCUCAGAUUCUCUUCCAUUCGCAGCUACCCACCAACAAGCCUAAGCUCCUGGUCCGCAAUUCAGAUGACUUCUUCCCAGACGUUGAAUCUUCUCAUCCUUGGCACAUCUUCUGUAACGCUCACAACUCGUUGCUCACGCAGCAUUUGAAUGUUCUUCCAGAUUGGGAUAUGUUCCAAACCUCACACCCAUGGGCUGAAUUUCACGCAGCAGCUCGCUGUCUCUCAGGUGGACCAAUCUAUAUUACAGACUCUCCGGGACAGCACAAUGUCGAUUUAAUUAGGCAGAUGACUGCUAAGACGCCAAGGGGCAACACCGUCAUCCUUCGACCACAUCGACUAGGCAAGAGCUCACAGGCCUACGUUGGGUACGAAGAACCGAGAUUACUGAAAAUUGAAACUUAUGUUGGAGCUGCAAAGACAGGAAGCGGCAUUUUGGGCGUUUUCAACGUCACCCAGGGCACCGUCUCCGAAAUCAUCACACUUGAUGACAUCCCUGGAUCGGAAGAUGGAGAAUAUAUCAUCAGAUCACACGUGGCAAAAACAAUUGGUCCGCCGACAACGAGGGCGGAUAGAAAAUCAAUCAUCAAAAUGGAACUAGGUCCAAAAGGUUACGAUAUUCUCUCUGCAACUCCAUUGCGACGCUUCCAGAUCAAAUCCGGUGAGGUUGCAAUUGCGAGUCUAGGCUUAUUGGGCAAGCUCUCGGGUGCGGCUGCAAUCGUAGGGAACGACAUUUACACGGAGAGGAGCGGUCGUCUCAGAGCAUAUACCAGCUUCAAGGCCCUUGGAAUAAUCGGCUUUUACAUAUCUGGACUUGAGGCAAGAUCCAUCGAGGACGAUUUCAUGGGUUUGAUGUUUGGCAAGCCUAUCCCCCUCCAUUGUGUUAAGAAGAGCGUCGACUAUAAGAACGUGCUUGAAAUCGAUACGGAGAAAGCCUGGGCGGAAUCUGAUCAGAAGGCUAGUUGGAGCAAUGAGGUACAUUUUGAACUCUUCAUUCUUCAGUAGCUAUGACUUAGGCCAGGAGUAUGAAUAAUUUUGAUAUCCCUUUGCGUCACUGGGCCUUUGACAUGCGGUCUCAUAGCAUAUGCAGCCAGCCUCAGAAUAAAAAUACGACGAAGGUUAUAGCAGCUCUACACCAAAAUACAUUAGCUG